AUGUCAGCAUUCAGUUUCUCAUUCUCCGGAGACGACAUAGAAGAGGCAUCUGUGCUUGAUGCACCGCAAAUUCUUGUCAGGCAAGCUGCGGAGACAGGAAGUCUGCAGCGCACCGAGAACUCGGCCUUCCCAGUGGCUGGCCAGCCUUUGCUUCAGCCACAGAAACACGAUUUGAAGGAGAUACUCAACACACUGCCCUCGAAGAUAUCGUACAGUACUCUGACCAUCAGAUUUGAUGAUGGAAGCGAGGUUGCAGUUCCCCGCAGAGAGCUAUGGGAUGUCAGGGUUCAGCUCAUGGCUGAGGAAGAUGAUGAGGGAUUGGGCAAUCUUGGUAAAGAUGAUGUAAGGACGGGUAUCUAUGAGGGUGGAUUUAAGAGCUGGGAGAGCUCAGUUGAUGUGGUGAAGGUGCUGCACCAAAGGAAAGAUGAGCUUCUUGGAGGCUCAAGAAAAUAUUUGGAGCUUGGUUGCGGCACGGCUCUACCAUCUUUAGCAGUCUUUCAAUGGCUCCUGGAGAGACGCAAUGCUUCUGGGCUUUCCCUUCAUCUUGGUCUUGCGGACUAUAAUCCUGGCGUGCUCCGGCUUGUGACUCUUCCCAAUCUCCUGCUCUCAUGGGCCAAAAUCACGCAGAAAGGCCUCUGGGAACCCGAAGGAGAGUUGGACAUUGACUCGAAACUUAUGGAAGAGUUUAUUGCCGCCCUGCAGUUCGACCACAUCGAGCUUUACUUCUUUUCUGGAACUUGGAGUCCCGAAUUCGUUCAUCUAGUGGUGGAAACUAUGAACAGCAACUCAGCUCAUCUUACUAUCGUCGCGGCCGAAACCAUCUAUUCUCCAACAGCGCUAAAGUCCUUUGGCGAGACGCUUAUGAACCUACUGACAAGUAUGCCGGACAAUUUGAGGACAUCAUUGAUCGCGGCUAAGAAAGUAUAUUUCGGGGUAGGUGGAUCGAUGGAAGAUUUCUGCGAGCUGAUCAGAGAUAAGGGGGGCAUAAUCGAGCAGAUUAGAGAAGAAACCGAAGGAGUCAGAAGGGCUGUCGUUGAAGUAAAGAUGCCAGUUUGA